GCCAGCCGCGGCCCGCUGCCUCCCCAUGGCUGCCGUGGAGACGCCGGCGGCCUCGGCCUCUCGCAAGCGGCGGCCGCCCAAAGCGCAGUACGUGCAGGCGGCCAAGCGGGCCCGGCCCGGCGGGUGGCGCCAGCUGGAGGCCGGCAUGUGCGGCAUCCUCAUCACGUGCAACAUGAACGAGCGCAAGUGCGUGGCCGAAGCCUACAGCCUGUUGGGCGAGUACGGCGAGCAGCUCUACGGGCCGGAGCAGUUUGCAGAGCGAGAGGAGGGCAGGCUCUCGGGGAACGAGGAGGAAGAAGUGGACGAGGAUGAAGAUGAUGCAGAAGCAGCUUUGAAAAAAGAAGUGGAUCAGAUUCGUACCUCCACAGAGCAGAAGCAGCGUCGGUUCCAGUCAGUGGAGAGCGGUGCCAACAACGUGGUUUUUAUUCGCACACUGGGUGUCGAACCGGAAAAAUUGGUGCACCACAUUCUGAAGGACAUGCACACUACCAAAAAGAAGAAAACCAGGGUCAUCUUGCGCAUGCUGCCUGUUUCGGGCACCUGCAAAGCCUUCCUAGAGGACAUGAAACGAUAUUCAGAGACCUUUUUUGAAUCUUGGUUUAAAAGCCCCAAGAAGGGCACUUUUCAGAUUGUUUACAAGGCACGAAAUAACAGCCACCUGAGCAGAGAAGAAGUCAUAAAAGAACUGGCAGGCAUAGUGGGCCACCUCAACCCAGAAAACAAGGUCGAUCUGAGUAACCCCGAAUACACCAUUGUGGUGGAGAUCAUAAAGAACAUCUGCUGCUUGAGCGUGGUGAAGGACUACAUUCUCUUCCGGAAGUACAACCUUCAGGAGGUGGUGAAGAGCAAGACCGAGGGGCAGCCAGGGGCCUCCAGAGCAUCCCAAGAGGACGGCUCGCCAGGAGCAAAAGCGUCUGAAGCACAGAGGGAAGACCAAAGCGAGCGCAAGGACGAGACAGAGACCACGUCUAAUGACAAUCAUGAGGACUAGGACCAUGAAUGAAGUAGCUGGGAAGCAAAAAGAAAAUCUGUAGGACAGCUGGCUGUUAAGUCAGCGGUUGGUGUCCAUUUUUUUAAAUGGUCUUAAGACUCUAGGUGACUUGGCUAAAGCACAGUUUGGCUCAAGGCUGUGCCUCAGACAAUCUUCCCCACCAUUCCUGCCUUGUCUGUAGUAGUUCUUGGGGGUUCCAGCUGAGUGACGCAGGCCGCGACUUUUACCACCCUUAGAGCUUCAUCCUGUCUUAGGCACAAGUGAGUUUUCAUUCAAGCAACCCCUUGUUCUCUUCCCUCCCUGCCCCAUUUUUCCCAAAUCUGCUCUGGAUGACCCCCCCAUACCCUGAUUUGUGGGGUGACUGCUAUUACGUUAGAAUUGGCUGUGUCGGAGCACGAGAAGGAGCCAGGAACAAGCCCGGCUUCCAAACCUGGUUUGCCAGUAGCAUCCAAGCCAGCGUCCACCCAGUGGCAGUUCUCGUUCUGAAGUUCUGCUGAGACCCAUGAAAUGGAAAUGCACAUAAAACAAUUACUCUCUUUUGAUUUCAGCGAGCCUGAAGCCUGGUACUUGCUGGAUUAAAGUAAUACUUAAAUGCCCCAUUUGCUACUGGAGUUGGGGUUCAAAUCCACACCAGAACAUCUAUUACAUAGUGGUUUAUAGCCAAAUAACAUUGGUUGGCCCCAUCUUGAUAAUGGUUGAUCCUGCUUACAUGAAAAAGGCCUGCCCCGAUUAAUUUUACAAACCAUAAUGUGUUUUUUCAUGCUUUGCGUGAGGCGUGAGCCCAUUCCUUGGGGUUUAGUGUUACAUGCAAAAUAGAUCAUUGUGGCUGGCUAAAACCCUGGCUACCUUUCCCUGAUUCAGCGCCAUUUAUGACCCCUGUCCUUGCAUAAGGACUAAAACACACUACACUGACCAGCCAGAUGUGUUUGCUUUUUUUUUUUCCUUCCAGAUAUGUUGACCCUUGCUUUGGCUUUUUAAAUUUACAGAGCAAAAAUGCAGCCAGGAUUGGGGGUGGGGGUGGGGGAUGGAUAGUUCCCAAACAAUGACUGGAGUCAGGAGAAGUAGCUGAUAAUAGACAGAAAAGUUGGCUUAUUAAUGGAGGUUUUAAAAUUUACCUUUUCUGUUCUGUUUGGAUUAUCGUGAAAAAAACAACAACACCAAGCUUUCUCAUUCAGGAGUGGAGAGAUCAACAAGUCUACAUUGCCUAUUGGUGUAUAGUUCUGGAAGGCAGUUUUAAACUCCCUUCAUCCCCAGCAGCUUUGUGUUUCCAAAUCAUAGAUUUCCCAAGUAAAUUAUGGGUGCUGUUUACUGCCAGGUUUCAUGGGAUCCUUGUCCAGCAGUUUUCUAGUUAACAGGCCAGCAUCCUGGUGUGAAGUCUAGCAUUGCUUGAGAACAGAAGCCCUUUAUGUCAAGCAAAUUGUCAAAUACUAACCGAGUGGGGCUUUGGGGAAAAAUAUUUCCUUUGUUAAAAAUGUGCUAUUUGCCUUUACAUUGUUUGAAAUGUACGUUAACGCUCCAAACUCAUAAUAACGGUUUGAAUGUCAGGGAGAGGAAAUGGGGGAGUCUGCUAACAUUGGCCCUCACUGCCUUUAAGAAAACCACAGCAAGGCUGACUUUUCUUUCUCCGUGAGGAAUUUUGUUUCUGAAAAUAAAUGUUCACCGCAUAAAAUCUUUGCAGGGGUGUAAUAUUUUCCAGUUUGUGUGUGGUCUUUCUUUUUUGUACAUUGUUUUCUAUUAAAUUGACCUUGUUUUGGUUUGGAACAGAUUGGCUAACACAUGUUGUUGGUUUUUUUGACUGGUCUGCUCUUUGUAAAAUCGAGACUCGAUGUGUGAAAAUAGAUGAUUGGCCUUGGUGGGAGAGAUUCUGCCUUUUGAAAUCAGCAAUUAAAGCAACA